UUAGGAACAUAACUGAAGUCCGAGGCUCAGAUUUCAUUUGCCAGGUUUUCAAACAGCACCAGGAGUUUGGAAAUAUUUUAUUUUCUCAGUUUAUAUCAGCCUGCGCGCGCGAUAGGAAUUGGCGAAGGUCACAAGUGCACAAAGUUUACGCAGAAAAGAUAUGAACAUUUUCUCAUUCCAAUGCGUUUCGUGGCUCGUAUUAAGCUUCACUGGUCUGUUCGUCGCUGCUCUGGAGGAAGAAAACUUCUCGAACGGAGUCUUUGGUAAUUUCCUGAAAGAUCUAAGGGGCCUGUCAGAUGUCAACAAAGCCAAUGUCAAGUUUUCUCUGAGAAACCCAUCCCAACCAGAUGAUGAUGUGUGUUACAUUGUACUUGGCAAACCAGAGACUCUCAACAGCUGCAACUUCAACAACACUUCAAAAACCUUUCUAGUCAUUCACGGGUGGACGGUAAGUGGAUUGUUUGAGAGCUGGGUUGAGAAACUGGUUGCCGCACUUUAUGACCGGGAGAAAAACUCUAAUGUCAUUGUCGUGGACUGGUUGGACAUGGCGCAGAACCAUUAUGUGGUGGCAGCACAAAACACAAAGAUGGUGGGACAAGAGAUUGGACUCUUCAUAGACUGGCUAGAGGAGACUGCCAACAUUCCUCUGGAGAAGUUGCACCUCAUUGGCUACAGUCUUGGCGCCCAUGUUGCGGGUUUUGCAGGAAGUCAUACAACAAAUAAAGUUGGUAGAAUCACAGGUCUAGACCCUGCUGGGCCGGACUUUGAAGGGGUCCACGCCCACAGACGGCUGUCCCCAGAUGAUGCCCAUUUUGUAGAUGUCCUUCACACAUUCACCCGAGGUUCUCUGGGUUUCAGUAUCGGUAUCGAGCAGCCGGUCGGCCAUGUAGAUAUAUACCCUAAUGGAGGAAACUUCCAGCCUGGCUGCAAUUUGAGAGGAGCUCUGGAGAAAAUUGCCAGUUAUGGAAUACUUGCCAUGAAUAAUGCCAUCAGAUGCGAGCAUGAGAGGUCCAUCCAUCUGUUCAUCGAUUCCCUGCUGAACGAGGAGGAAGCUAGCAGGGCGUACAGCUGCGGGAGCAAUGACAUGUUCGACCGCGGCAUGUGCCUCCAAUGUCGCAAAAACCGUUGCAACACCGUGGGCUACAAAGUCAGAAAAGUCCGGAAGGCACGAAGUGUCAAGAUGUUCACCAAGACACGAGGCUCCAUGCCAUUCAGAGUUUUUCACUAUCAGCUGAAAAUCAACUUCCUUGGAAAAAUAAAUCAAUUAGAGACGGAACUAGCCCUGACAGUCUCACUUUACGGUACCAAUGGUGAAGCAGAAGAUCUCAGGUUGAAUGUACAGGAGAAGAUCCCUGCCAAUAAGACUCAUUCAUUCCUCGUGGUAACCGAGAAGGACAUUGGAGAUAUUCUGAUGCUGAAGUUUAAAUGGGAGGAUUCCAGUUCCUCUUUACUCACUGUACUCUCCUCGUGGUGGUAUGGAGAUUCCACAAAUUCUGACGUACAGAUCCAUAAAGUCAGAGUCAGAGCUGGGGAGACACAAAAAAAGAUUGUAUUGUGUUUGAAAGAUCCCCAAACAGGAAGUUCGGUUCAGGAAGUUUUAUUCGUGAAAUGCAGGGAACCAUGGAGGUCUUUAUCUAAAAGGCCUAAAUUGAAGAGCCAAUGAAAUGAUUAGCAAGAGAUUUUGAUGAAGCACUUCAACAAAUGUAUUUAUACAGAUGUUAUUUAUUAAGGUUGCAACUGCACUGAGACUGUACUGUAUUGAAUAAUGUAUUGCUAUGAAUGUGAUUCAUGCAGAUGGAUUGUGGACUUUUGUACUAUCAUAUGGAAUAGGCUUAAAAAGCCUUGAAAUGUGAUUGAUUUCAUUGAAUAGUAUGGAUUUGUGUUUGAAUUAGGUCAUUAAUUCAGUUUAUCAUUAUAAGUGAUGCUGAUUCUUCUGGCUACAAACACUGUCCAAGAAAACAUUGUACUACAUUACUUAUCUGUCUGUUCUGUGUUAAACUUUUUUUGUAAUAAAUUAUACUCUAGAAGUUUCAUGUUAAAGGUGCGGUCAAGUUUACCGUUGUUGGGCGAAUUUUCGCGGGCGAAAUCCAGUCAUUUCAGUAGGAAUCCAUGCGACUAGGAAUAUCGUGUGGGGCGACAGAUUUCCACACCAACAAAAGAAAGAUGAUGGUUUGAUAGUGACUUCUGUGAUCUGUGCUUCAUACAUCGCUAUACUUUUGACAAUAAACAAAUCUUUUCACCCGCAAAAUUGUCACUAAUGUGACUGCACCUUAUAAGAAUUCCAGUGGUUCUGGACCCCUUCCGGAUAAAAUAUUAUUAGAUAAAAUCAUAAAGUAACAACUCUAAAGUCAGUGUUCUUGGGAGAAUUUUGGUUUACUUCUGACUAAACUGUCUGUAAACACAGACAACUUUUUGAUGGUACGUUUGCACUGAGGAAAAUUUAAACAAAUAGCCUACAUUAAUAUCAUCACUUGAAAUAUUGAAUGUUUAGUAUGAGCAACAAUGAGCAAAAGCAAUAAUUACAUCCAGAAAACACAUUUUAAAGUCCAAUAAAUCAAGUUAAUCUAAAAAGUCAUAAGGAAAUGAAAACAUAAAUGAAAAUCUAUUGUGUUGAAUGUGUUUUAUUAUUGGUACAAGUUUCUUUUUUUUCCUCUUUUGCACUUUAUGUAGGUAAUCAACAUUCAUAAGCAGGAAAAAAUAUUCCAUAAAAAUACUAGAACUGACAUUUACUCUGUAUACUACAUCAUACAAACUGCUACAACAUUUUAUACAUUUUUUUUUUCAUGGAAAAUUAUGUACAUUAAUAAAAUGAACUGUACACUGUGAAAAACUAUUAAAAAAUUCUAUCUUUGAGCUAAA